AUGAAAGUUCCUUUUGCGCUUGCAGCUUUGUAUCCUAUUUUUCUUUCGGCGUCUGCGAAAACAAUACUUGAUGUUGAACCGAUAUAUAUCGGCCAUGUAUUCUACCCGCCUUCCAUGCAUUUCUUGGCAUGGACACCAUCCGCUCCAUACAUCUCCAAAGAGGUAGCAGAAUCAUCAAAAUCAGCAACACCGGAAUGGUGUCGAACAGCAAUUGACGUAUCAGACGCCGCCAACUUCUCCAUCGCGCAUCCUCAAUUCACACGAGGCAAUUUGACCAAUCUACGGUUCCACAACUACUUCUCGGAAGAUGCAUAUAUUGAGAGAAAUGGAGAGCGAUGGGGAGAAUGUUAUAUCACACCUGAGAGUAGAGAUAUUGGGGGAUGUACCACUGGAGAUCGAUGGUUUGGAUGGGGAAAACGGACGUGGAGUUGUUGGCCCGUGAUUGAGGAUGUGCCACAUCAUCAAAUUAUGGGACAGGAAGAGGUGGAAAUUGGUACCAUGAUGAGUUUGAGUGUUGGUAGUGGGUAUACCGGAGCGAUGGAACGACCUACAUUGGCUCAAGAAACUGGAAGACCGAUGGGUAGUGAAAUUAAGGAAGCAUUUACUGCGGUUAUGACGGGGUCCAAUUAUUGA